AAAAAAAAAAAAAAGCAGGAGGAGCGAGGUGACAGAGGCGAGGGGUCCCGCUGGAAAACGGAAAGGGGCGCUGAUAGGAGCAGAUAGGCCGGGCUAAAAACGUUCGUCAGUUUUCCUGGAGGAAUCUUAAUUGCCCCGGGGGGCCCUGCUUAUCGGCCCAGGGCGGUUAUUAAUACAACACCCGCGAUAAAGAGGACGGAGAGACAUCGAGAGCAGCCGGCUGUUGCAGGACGGCAGGGCUACAGGGGGGGUGAAAUCAAACAUAGUCUCAGUUUAAUGAAUGUAGAGCUACCAAGCGUUCAGCAGCCGAGAAUGGGAAUGUCGUCAUUUAACCUCUUAAAUUCUCCUUUAAAUCUCCCCUUAAAUUUAAAAGUUACAAAUGUGUAGCUCGUUCCUUAUCUGCUUUUUUUUUUUAAACUGGCGCUUCAUUUGAGCUUUAUCAUAUACUGAGCGAGGAAUGAAAUAUUCAAAGCUCAGGCAGACAUUCUACAUAAACAUGUAUAUGUCAUGUGUAUUUUCUGGAGUAUGUUAUACACAUUUUCCCUGUUCUGACAUAUUCGGUGUCUUUGGCAAGUUUUGAAACUUUAGGGGUUUCAACAAACCUCAGCUUUGUCCUUGUAAGGAGCCAGCGAUGGCAGCGGCCUUCAGAAGAACUGAACUCGCUUUCUGCAAUUCAUUCAAACUUUCUAAUAAAACCUGCCAAAAUCCAACAUCCUGUCUGUUUAAUUAAUUUCGACCACUUGAAGCCAAAAAUGUUACUCAAACCUCUCAACUGAAAGCCUGGGCAUGGUGAGGCCGGUUUCACUACAGGUUUUGGUGGCACAAUCUUCACCUCUUUCAUAUUUACGGCAAACCCGAGCCAAAAUCAACCAAAAUUUUUGUUUCAGCGUAAGGUGAUGGAAACCCCCACAUUUGGUUCAUCAUUCACGCACUUUGUGAAGCGAACUACAAGGCAAAGAGGUUCCCACAGGCUCUAUUAUCCUUUGACCUGACCGUUGACCCUGACGUGCCACCGUUCUUGCAGCGAGUGUGCGCCUCUCCAAAGAGCGCACAGAUUUACGCACGAACCAACGCAAGGACCCCAAUUUACUGAGCGACCGUAGAAUGAUGAAAACUGCAAAACGUGUUUAAAAACAUAACAAAGCAAAGAUAUGGGUCACAUGUUUGCAGUCGCAGAGGAGGGAUAUUAGCGUGCUACUUGUAACAAAAUGUGCGCGUAAAAAGGCUGGUGGGGGAAAUUCAGCGCCUCCAAAAGGAUACACAGCGGACAGAGGACGAGCAGCGUGGCAGUAAAAAUCUCUGUCCCCCAUAUUCACACAAGUCCGAAAACAAAACCACUACGUGAACAUACGUCACGAACGCCCCACCUUCCCUCUCUCUCGCUCUCGCUCUCUCUCCAAAAUGCUUCCCUUUCAGUCCACACUUACUUUCCAUUUCACACACCCCUCCCCCUGACAUCAGAGGAGGCAGAGGCGCUCCUUCGCCCCGGUCCAAACUCCAUUUACAAAGCCCGACAUUAUAUCUCUCAGAGAGGAGACCUGCAUGGACAAAACCGGGACUAAUACCCAUGUUUUCGUUCGAUUUCCGGCGAUGAGGGAUUCCAAAGGCUUAAGGCACCUCCAAUUACCAAAGAAGGGGCUAUUAAGCUCAAUCAUUUGUUAGAAAAAGAGUGGAGAAGGGGUGUGCAUGUUACUCGGCGGGCUUCGUUUUCUCGGUGCUGCAGAGCAGGAGCUGGAUGACAUGAUGUUGCAGAGCCCGCUCACAUCCACGCCGUUUUCUGUCAAGGAUAUCCUCAAGCUGGAGCAGCAGCAGCAGCAGCAGCAGCAGCAGCAGCAGCAGCAGUCCGGGUCACUGGAGCUCCAGCACCGGGUCCACACCCAGCAGCAGCUGGCCGGGUCUCCUCCUCAGCAGCAACAUUUCCAAACCCCGCCGUCCUGCAUGCUCGCCGGGGCCCGGGACAGUCCUUCCUUCUCGGACGGAGAGGACAACCUGGCCUACCUCAGCGCGCUGGCGGUGCGGGAGGAGGACCGCGGGGAGACCAGCCUGUCCCCGGACAUGUACGUCCUUCCCGUCCAGGGAGCCAAGCUGGAGGCCGCCGAGCUGGACGAGCAGGAGAUCAAGAGCUGUGGUUUGGUGUCCCGGGAUGAGGCAGCAGAGGGCGGGCAGGGCGACUCGGAGCGGCCUGUGCAGAAGCAGAGGAGCCGGCGGAGACCCAGGGUGCUCUUCUCCCAGGCGCAGGUCUUCGAGCUGGAGCGGCGCUUCAAGCAGCAGCGCUACCUGUCCGCCCCUGAGCGGGAGCAUCUGGCGACCACCCUCAAACUCACCUCGAACCAGGUGAAGAUCUGGUUCCAGAAUCGCCGCUACAAGUGCAAACGGCAGCGGCAGGACAAGUCUCUGGAGGCGGCGGGGCAGCACCACCCUCCUCCGCCCCGGCGCGUCGCCGUGCCGGUGCUGGUCAGAGAUGGGAAGCCGUGUCUGGGCGGUGCGCAGAGCUACGCCGCCGCUGCUCCGUACGGAUCCAACCCGUACAGUUAUAACGGAUACCCAGCGUAUACAUACAACAGCCCCGCUUACAACACCAACUACAGCUGCACGUACACCAGUAUUCCCGCCCUUCCUCCAUCCAGCACCUCCAACGCCUUCAUGAACAUGAACUUGGGAAACGUGAGCGGCCUCGGCGGCUCUCCACAGGCCCAAACACAUCAAGGGACAGCGGUCACAUCCUGCCAGGGCUCCCUGCAGGGGAUCCGGGCCUGGUAGCCUCACCAGAACAGAACUAGUGUCUCUUUUUUUUUAUGAAGCUCUUUCAUUUUGGUCAACCCACAACCUUUUAGAAGUGUGUUAACUUGGUCAAAACGCCUCAGAAAACAGUAUUGCUUAUAAUGUAUAAUGGAUGUGAGUUUGGAUUCACCUGCCAGAUGAGAUGAAAUUUCACUCGUAUUUCCGGCUACUUCGAGUGUGUUACAGCCGAAAUUAGUGUGCGUAACGGUUGGACGUCACAGAGUGGCACCCGAACAGUCACAGCUUGAUUGAAAUUUCAUUUUGUGGUCCAAUCAUUUCUGGUGCUCUAGUUUUGGCACUGGUAGGACUGAAGCACGGAGGGGAAAUCACGCAGAAGUUUGCGCAUGUCUCCUUAUUUGAACUCAAAAAGAUGAUUCGUUUUUUUUAAAUGUUUGUUUUUGACAUGGUAUAUUUUUAGGCUAUGGAGAGAUUGAAUUGCUUCCAAGUGGUUUUGGUUCAACAGAGAAUUGUUUUAGUCUAUUUCACAUCUAUUCAAAUAAAUCAGAGAAAUGAAUAAAGGUGCGUUUGAUUCUGUAUUCGGGCAAAAAAGAUUGAAUCCUUUUUUUGUUAAACUGUGCUGUGGAGAAAGAGAAAUUGAAGCAUUUCAAUGGCAAAAUACAUCACCGUCACAGAACUGAAACUGUAUUUUGUCCCUUAAUAAUAAAAAGAAAGAAUAAUAAUAAUCCAUAUAUUAUUGCUCCCAUGUGGGGUCACUGUGAAUCAGAUGCACGGAGGCAAAUUUUGCUCAUAAACAUAUUAAGGGGAGAGCUGCUGGAGGAGGCCAGGCCACAGGAACUCUUUGUCCCGGUGCCAGGCGACGUGAAAGGAGGAAGUUAUUCUCCAUUUGAGGUCCUUUAAAGGACGCGAUUAAGCACCUAAAACACCCCCGAAGAGCGAGCUGCAGCCGGGCAAAGGAGCGGGAAUAAUAGCUCUUAUUGGAUUGUCGGACAAAAGGUGUGUGGUAGGCAGAGCCGGGCACUCAGCAAAGACAAAAGCGCACAGGGGCCGUGAGAUUGACGUCCUAAUAUUCCCAUUUGAGGGACAGGCAGCGGGUUAUUCUGCGCAGAGAAGGGGACACGGAGGAAAAAUGUGGUCACUUUUGUUCCCCUUCAGGAGGCUUUUUUUGUUCGCAGAGAAAGGCUCUCCGAGAUCCCCAGCCGAGAGGCUUCGAGGGGCAGCCGGGCUGGAGGUGAUGGCAGCGGGGAGGCGUUUGUGGGAAAGAAGGGGGUAUUAUUGCUACAAGUUUCACCAUUUAUCCCAAUGAGGAAAAUGGACGGGAGAAUUUUAAGGGGGCGCCCAGCGAGGAGGAGGAGGAGGGAGCGAGGGCCGUGUCCUGUAGGCUAUUAUUUCAGUUUAAGGGUGUUAUUUCAGCUCAGACCGAUUUUCUUCUCACAGGUAACAGUCUAAUCCUGCGAGGAAAAACGACUGCAGUGAUCCUAAAAUAAAUAUUUUGAAGGAAAUUUCACAAAUAUCACAGAAAAAGUCGAAUGUUACAGUGAUUUCACAGGAUCUAUGUGCCAAAAGGUCCUUAUACGCAGUAUACAGGUCUGACAGGGAUAUAAUAGGAAUAUUUUUGCUCGGGUUAUGGAUUCAGGGGUUAUUUGUUACAAAGCGAAAUGAUCCCGAAACCAAAUGAAAUUUAGUUUUGGUCAAAGUGCUGAAAUAAUUGCUCGAUGAAUUGAUGAGUCGUUUAUUAAUGGACAACAAUUUGAGUUAUUUAUCAAGCGAAAAUGUCAAACUUUACUUGAUUCCAGCUUCUCAAAUGUGCGAAUUUGCUGCUUUUCUCUGUUUAAUAUAAUUGUAAAUUGAA